UUAAAUGGAAAGGUGUGUCCAAACCUUUGACUGGUAGUGUAGUUAGUUUUUCUGGAACAUGUUGCUGCUUAGGAAAGCUCCCUCAGUGCUGUUCUUUAAUGGAAGGACGCUGCAUCUUCAGUCUACACAUUGUGAACACAGUCCCUUUCUCAUGAAAUCACUUAUCUGGCCUCUUUUCCUUGGCAGUUGAUAUUCCCUGUGUGUUCUAUGGUAGGGCUACUUCUUCUCACCCCUGUGUGAGUGUAUGUCCAGGACAACAAUAAGUGGCCAAGCACAGACAAGCUUUUCUAUUGUGGUGAGAUGUUGGUUGUCAGUGACAGGUUUCUUUACUGCUGUUUGUAUUUAUUCUCACUCUCUGGCUCUUUGGUCAUUUUGCAAUUUCACUCUGCAGGAGUCCGUCUUUCUCUCUCCAUCUCUGUCUACUACUCUGUGAGCUUUGUAAUUGUUUGCACUGCAUGCGAAUGACACUCGCUGGUAGAAAAUAUUUUUUUGGCUGACAUAUCUAGGCCAAUUGAGGAUGCUGCCACAGCAGUAACAAGCAUUCCCAGGCCAGAACACAACUGGGGGAAGAAAUGCAAUGAAUGUUAAUCAAAGAGAGAGUUGCAGAACGGAAAGUUGAUGUUAUGAUCCCUGCUCCUGCCCCUGUUUUCUCCACACCUUGUCCCUAUCUUCCUCCUCCUUCCUGUGUCUGGCAUUUCUCUCCCUCUUCUCUCUCUCUUGGCUCUCCCUCCUGUCUCUCUCUCUCUCACUCACCCUCUUGCUCUCCCUGUCUGUCCUGCACUGUUGAUUGCUGUAAUGAAAGGCAGCUGCGGCAAUCAGUUCACCCAGUUCACCUGUUCGUAAUCACACCUCACUCAAUCACUCACCCUGCCAGACCAUAGCCUGCAAUAGCUACUCAUGGAUUUAGCACUCUCCUGGUAAUCCUAAUCUGUUUCCAGUCUUCUGUUCCCGGUCUUCUGUUUUCAGUUUUGUUCACCAAGUCGUUCUUGCCUGCCUUAUCUGCUGCCAGACCUGCUCCAACUUUACUCACCUGGGCUCUGGGCUUCCCCCUUUUUGUUUUCAGUUCCAUAUUCUUGUGAGUACCCUGUUUGGUAGUUUUGUUAAUUCUGUUUCAGUUUUGUAAGUUUCUACUUUUUAGUUAGCUGUGAAUUUUUGUAGCAUUUGGUUUAGUGUCCUCCUUAAUCCAGUUUCCCUUCUUGUAUUGUCCCAGCUCUGGUUUUGUUUAAUAAACCCCCUUUUCAAAAUAUUACUUGUCAGCCCAUUAUCUGUGCCUGCGCCUGGGUUCACCCCACAAACAAUGUAAGGACUGGAAUGACUUAUGGCCACAGUUGGUGUCUUGGCACAAGGGUUGGAUGAUAUGCGGCAUCAUAAAAAGUUUAUCCUUGGAUCAGAAUCUUGCUUAUUUAGCUGUGACAGAGGAAGAUGAAUAAAGCAAGAGGGCCUUGUGGGGGGUGAGGUUGCCACUAUAUCUACUAUGAGGUAUACUUUAAAAAAACAAGAAAUGCACAGUAAUUCAACUUGCUAUGAAACUGCUUUUUUUUUUUUUGGAUAAUAUGUGGUAGAAGAAUUCAGGAAAAGGUGUUUCUGUGGGUUCCCCAUCAAAUUGAACAAGAGUGGCUUCAUGUUACUGACAUGUUAAUGACAAGUGUAGGAGCUAGAAAGUGUUAGACUUGGAGCCUUUAUAUGCGGUUGACUAAAGCUCUAUAUUUACCACACCACUUCCUGGAUGCAGUUAAUGAAUCAACCAGGAAUCAACCCCAGGUCAGCUGCUAGGAAAAGGAAUAGUGGUCAAAUUUAAGUCAAUCACAGAUUUUGCUCCUCAUUGCCACACUGUCUGAAUGUCUUGAUUGCACCUUGUAUUCAUAAGGGCUUUCAGUUUUCAGCAGAAGACAUUAAACACGUAAAGCUCAGAUUUCUGUGGAUUUGACCACUAGCGUAAUGCAAUCAGUUCAACUUUAGGUUACACCAUUUCACUACUGCAGCAUAUACUUAGCAAAAUACAUCACAUUUUCCACAAAUAGAAAUUUUGAAACUUUUUCCAGUUUCCUUACCUACAUAUUAUGACCAAUGUCUUCAUCAAAGGAAGUGUAGUGCUUUAAUGUGAGAAUAUAUCACAGGUGUCACAUGCUGUUUUUUGCAGUUUACUUAAAUGUGAGUCCACCACAUUCUACCACUGCACAAUAGUGUCCUCACCUGUGGCUGUACCGUGUGGUACGCCAGCUGCACUGCAUCUGAAACUGCAGCGGGUAUCAAGAUGGCUUGGUGGAUCAUUGGCUCUCCACUUCCAUGCCUAGAGGAAAUCUAUUUCAGCCAUCUCUUCUGAUGGGCCACAAAGAUCCAGAAUGACACAACCUUCCCUCUGGCAGACUUAGUCAUGAGAGCCCACACCAACAGACUGAGAUACACCUUCUUCCCCAUGGCUGUGGAGAGACUGCUGCAAGAACCUCUGAUAGACACAUAACGUGUGUAUGUGUCUUUCUUAUCAUUCAGAGCUCAUACGGACAAACAGCUACCAACACUCUGACCUCCUGUUAUAUUCACAUGAAGACAUUUAAGAUUUAGACAGAAAUGUUGACAAAAACAAGAGGGGGAAAAAAAGAUGUAAAAAAUAAUUUGACAACUUUAUAUUUUUGUAACAUUUCUACUUUCUACCUCACUAUGAGAAUCUGAAUGCUGCAAAUUUUUCCAUUGUUCAGUGAGCUGCUAACUUUGACUAUUGGACAUCUAACAGUGAUCAGAUGGUAUACUCUGGAUUUACUGGAGCCAAUAACAUGUAAGUCCUGAAAUGUUAUUGCCUGCUCUGCACUAUAUAAAGGAUACAGUGCUACUGUUGUGUCUGCAACAGGCUCCAAUAAAUUAACAUGUAUUACAUGCAGUCAGUGUAAUGUAAAUAAGGUUCUACUUGGAUGAUAGUAAUUUCUGCAGUUUUAUUUAGUUUUUUAGUUUUACUUUGUGAUGGUUGCAUUUAUUAUUUCAAUAUACUGUCAUCCGUGUGAUCGCAUGUUAAGUGUCUUUGAUCGCCUGGCCCCCUGUACUGGAUCCCAGCAAAACUCGUCAAAUGCAGGUGUCCAUGUGCUCUUCAUAGCGCACUGCCACUCUAAUCACCCUUUUCCCCCCUCAAGAGUGAUUGUCAGCACACAACCAGGGCACACUGGUGUCAAUCACUGCUGUGUAACUCGGCAUGGGGUUCAGUGUCAAUGAUCUAGCUUUACUAACACUGCAGUAUUAGACUAGUUUGUAGUAGUAUAUGCAUAGUUUAGUGUCCCAAAUGCUUUCUAACAGCCCCAUAUCAUGUAGCUACUAAACUGUAGUUUUUUAGUUAUUAGAUACUAGUUAGAGAGUCACACCUGAAUUGACAGGAUGUGCCAGUGCGGGAGAGCCGAGCCAAGGGUAAGGGGGCUAUGCAUGUCUCACCAAAUGUUCGUGUACUUACCCGGAUGGUGUACAGAUCACACGGGACUUAAAUGGCACUGGAUGAAUGAUCGGGCUAGGUGUAGGGCAACCGAACCUAGUUGAAUCCCAUACAGUAAUAUGUGCACAAUUUGAUUAGGGGGGUAAAAGGAUAGCCCCUCGGCCUUAAUCAAGAGACAUCAUGGCAGAAGCGAAUGUGAUAUCUGCCAAUCGGAAAACAAAUUGGAGCUUGUGUUGCCUUUGCCAGAAGGACAAAAGAGGUGAGGGCCUGACAUCCACUCCGAGUCAUCAUGCCCCAGAACAUGAUGGAUACAAAAUGCUGGCAAGGAACAUUCCCAUGUUCAGUGAAAUCAAUGACAUGCCAUUGAGAAUAGAUCCAGCGAGGCUGGAUGAAGGUGAUGGCAUAGAAGCCACACUCAGGAAAAAUAUGGCAAAAUACCAUCUGAGCUGUCGCUUGUUGUUCAACAACAUUAAAUUGCAAUGGGCACAAAAGCGCCAUUCCAGUAGUCAAACCAGUGAAACUGAGACUGGAGCUUGUUAGUCAAAACUGCGGCGAAAAAGUCAUGACAGUCAGACAUGCAUUUUCUGUGAAAAAGUGGCACCUGCAUCAGACCUCAGAGAGGCCAGUACAACAGGCCUAGACAAGAGGCUGCGCGACAUUGCAGAGAUGCUUGGUGAUGGUAAGCUUCUUGCAAGAUUGACUGGUGGUGAUGUCAUUUCAGGAAGAUGUAGGCAAAGCGCUUGCUCAAUCCACAGAUCUUUCAGAUGCACUUAUCAUUGCUAAAGCAGCAAAGAUCCUCAGAAGAUGUAUACUUGACCACAAGUGUAGAUUUGAAGGUACAUUUGCUGAGGGUUGUGUGCAAAAUGCUAUACCUCCCCUUCUGCUUCAAUUUGUGGGGAUGGUUGAGCAUGGUGCUGACAUAAAAUCACAGCUGAGAUUCGGGGCAUCAAAGUCAGACCAGGCAAUUGCUCAACUCAUGCAAUUCAACUGCUACUCCCGCUACAAGGAAGGAGCAGCAACUCACAGGCAUUCCAAAGACAGAGAGACCCCAUUUCCCGUGUACAUGGGGCUCUCUGUUUAUGCCAAAACCAGAAAGAGGAAUCUGGUUGAGAUGUUCGAUCGUGGUCUCAGUAUCUCUUAUGACAGAGUGCUGGAGAUCUCUGCUCAACUUGGAGAUGCAACAGUCAGCAAGUAUGUUGAGGAGGGUGUGGUCUGUCCUCCAGUGCUGCGGAAAGGGUUGUUCACUACUGCAGUGAUGGAUAACAUUGAUCACAAUCCCUCUGCAACAACUGCAACUACCUCCUUUCAUGGCACAAGUAUCUCUCUGUUCCAACAUCCCACAAAGGAUAAUAGUGGACAGGAACGAGGGCAACUCAGGUUUGGGCCUGAGAAAGUGAAGUCAGUACCUGAACUUCCUGAUACAUUCACAAAUAUCUCUCCAGCUUCCUUCUGGACAACAAAUCCUGUUCCACCAGGUACUGCAAUGCCAAAACCACCCACAGAUAUUCUGGGGCCACAACUGGCACUAGAGUACCAGUGGCUGGACAAGGUCUUAGUGACACAAGAAGUUGAUGAUGCAUUGAACCUAACAUGGUCAGCACAUCAUGCUUCAAUGAAGAGAAGCCCUGAAUUUGAAGUUACCAUUACUUCUUUGCUUCCUCUCCUGCCGGAUCCAGCUCAUUCAGUUGCUACAGUCAAACAUGUAAUGAACAACUUAGAGGUCUUCUUUGUUUAAAUUUUGAAUGACAUGGUAGAUUGUGGGAAACAGUUCAUGAUCACAAUCCCAUGAUUUAAAGUUCAUUUAAAUGGAAAAAGCAUGUUUAUUUCAACAGAUAUAUGGUCUCGGUGUGAGAUUGCCAGAUACUGAUGGCGGCCAUCUUGAAAAAAGGUCACCAUCUUGAAUUUUCACGUGGCCAGGACCCUAAUCUGAAAGAGUAUAUCCAGGAGGGUAUCUGUGCAAAAUUUCAUGCUUGUGUCACCACUUGAAGGAUUUUUUUAGUUAUCUGCUCCACUAUCAUGGCCUAUUUAACCUGAAGCUCUAUGGGCAAUAUUUAACAAGCCUCCAGUGUUCAGGAUAGCGGGAGGUGUCAUCAUAAGUGCUGAUCAACCACCCAGCUGUAAUAAGGAAAUGCAAUACCACACUGUAAGCUUGUUCACUUCUUGAAAGUGUUACAUGCAUUGUGGUUAACACACACAAAACUGUCAGGACUGCGUCUGCAGGCUCUGGCUAGGCCCCUCCCUCCUCCUUUGUUUUCUUUUUAGGUAUUCUGAGUGCUGUGCAGCAGUGGCAGGUGAAGGCGAUCUCUUCAUCACCAGCUGUGCCAGGGCCUAUCAGUCACUCACCUCUCCUCCUUUAUAUUGGGACUCCAGUCAGCAAUACGACGCCGGAUCGGGAAUGCAUACAUCCGGACCCCCGUCUGCUUCCGUGAAUAACCUAACAAGAUCGCCGAAUUCUGACAGUUCCCUGGAUUCCCUCCGCCAUCCGUUCCGCUCUAGCGAGCAGUAGUUGCUCUAGCUAUAAUUCUUCUGAGUCUUCCUAGCGAGCAGUAGUUGCUCUAGCUAUAGUUCUUCUGAGUCUUUCUAGCGAGCAGUAGUUGCUCUAGCUAUAGUUCUUCUGAGUCUUCCUAGCGAGCAGUAGUUGCUCUAGCUAUAGUUCUUCUGAGUCUUUCUAGCGAGCAGUAGUUGCUCUAGCUAUAGUUCUUCUGAGUCUUUCUAGUGAGCAGUAGUUGCUCUUCCACUACAGUUCUGCUGAGUUUUUAGUGAAUAGUUGUAGCUCCUUAGCCUUGGCUCUCUUGAGUUCUCUAGUGAGCAUUAGUUGCUCUUGUAGCAGUUUUUUGAGUGUUUCUAGGGAGCGUAGUCGCUCUUUUGUUACAGUUCUUCUGGGUCUUUCUAGUAAGUAAUAGUUGUACGUUGCAUUUGUUUCAGCUCCAGGCUUGUGUAGCCAAACUAUAGCCUGUGGAAUUAGUUGCUUUUCAGGAGCUAGGCUUCCCUGCCCAGGUUGUGCCUGCUGUGGGUUAGUCACUGGUGUUUAGUUGCUGUACUUGUUCUGCCUAUUAUUAGAGGAGUUCUAGCUCUUAGUGAUUUUGCUUUCUACAUCUGUCUUCCCUUAGGUUCUCGUUAAUUGGAAAACAUAUUUCCUGUAUCUUCAGUUUUUGUAAAAUAAAUCAUUGUUUCCCAUC